AUGGGCCAAUGGGAGUUGUCUUGUCGAGCAAACACUGAGUCCUGAGUUCUCAUUCAUUCAGUGCACAACAGGCCCGCAGAGCUGCGGACACACACACACACACACACACGGACACGGACACACACUCACACUCACUCACUCUCACACUCACGCUCACCGCGGUCUGUGUGACGCGUUUUAUGCACCAGAGAGAGAGAGCGCGCGCAACAUAAGCGACGAACCUGAAGUCACGCACAAGAAACGCUUGGAUACUAAAACAAGAAUCGUCUUUUUUUCCACGCACACGCGGGACUUGUUCCACAAACUGCGCUCGUGUUGCGUGAAGAUCGGCCUGUGAAGUGCGCAGCAGCAGCAGCGGCAGAAGCAGCAGCAGCAGCAGUUCCUCGGGUGUCUUCUGCUCCUCCACUGUGGAUUUACUGUGUUUUAACCGUGGAACAAAUGCACGCGCAAAACCUGCGCUGAACUUUUUCUUCAAGCCAAACCAAGAAAAGGGAAUAUUUGAAUUAUUAUUAUUAAUAAUAGUAUUAAUAAUAAUAAGAACACAAAGGGAUACAAGUCGCACUUGGAUUAACAGGACUGUGAAUGUUCUAGUCUGCGCGUGGACAUUUCCCCCCGUGGAUGGAGUUUUGUGUGUUUGAUGGAUUCCACGUUAUGGAUGUUUGCAUAUAGGUUUUCCGAUGCAUGCCAAGUCUACGGUGAAUGUCGGAAGUGGUGAUCCCCCCAGAUGGAGCUCCAAAGUCAACAUGGCCCCGGCGGUUCAUUAGUGGUGAUCCAGCAGCCUUCCCUCGAGAGCCGGCAGAGGUCGGAUUACGAGCGGGAGCUCCAGCAUGCCGCCAUUCUCUCCCUGGACCAAAUCAAGGCCAUCCGCUCCAACAACGAGUACACCGAGGGGCCCUCGGUGGUACGGAGGCCCCCCGCGCCCCGCAUGGCCCCCAGGCCCCAGGACAAGCAGGAGAGGACUCACGAGGUCAUCCUCGUUAAUGUGAACAACAACUACGAGCACCGGCCGUCGGGACACCACCAUCACGUGGGCGGUGGCGUGGUGGUGGUGUCCGGCGGCUCGCGGGCGCCGGGUCUCAGCCGCUCCACGAGCACAGGAAGUGCCGCCAGCUCGGGGAGCAACAGCAGCGCCUCCUCUGAGCAGGGACUCUUGGCACGUUCACCCCCCACCAGACCCAGCAUGAGCUUACAGCACCACCACCGGGCGGAGCGGCCCGUACGGACUCAGCCCAAACCUAAGACCCUGUCCCAGCCCCAGCAGGGACCUCACUUCCACCAGCCUCCACUAGAGGCUCCACUCAAGCCACAGGGCAAAGGGAAAUCAGACUUCUCUGGCAGUGGCACCGGAGUCACGGCCGCCGCCGGCCACCAGUUCAUCUGCGAGUGCUGCGGCAAGUGCAAGUGCAGCGAGUGCACGUCGCCGCGGAGCCUGCCCUCGUGUCUGGCCUGUAACGGUCAGUGUCUGUGCUCGGCGGACAGCGCGCUGGAGCACGGCACGUGCAUGUGCCUGGUCAAGGGCAUCUUCUACCACUGCUCCAACGACGACGAGGGCGGCUCGUGCGCCGACCACCCCUGCUCGCUGUCCCGCUCCCACUGCUGCUCUCGCUUCCUGUGCAUGGGAUUAAUGUCGGUACUCUUCCCCUGUCUGCUGUGCUACCUGCCCGUAAAGGGCUGUCUGAAGGCGUGCCACAGCUGCUACGACCGGGUCAACAGGCCCGGCUGUCGCUGCAAGAACUCCAACACUGUCUAUUGCAAACUGGAGAGCUGGGACCGACCGAGCCAGGAGAAACCCUCCUGAUCGACCCCACCCCACCCCCCCCCCGUCUGUCUGUCUGUGUGUGUGUCUGUGUGUGUGUGUGUGUGUGUGUGUGUCUGUGCUUGCGUGUGCGGGAGCCUCGUGAUGUGGAUCUAACGAUGACAAUGACAUACACGCAAUUAAAUGUUUAUCAAACAUUCUUAGCACCUCCUCCUCUUCCUCCUCCUCCUCCUCCUCACUGCGGAACCUCCGGAGCUAAAAAAAAAAAAACAAGGAUUAACGAAAACCACUCGAUUUUAUUUUUGAUUUUCUUCUGGAUCAGGACCAUGUUUUUACAGACCAGUGUUUGCCUUAACUGUUUCUAUGUCUGUCCUCAGCUCCUCAUUAACACACACACACACACACACACACACAAAUGUUUUCUUCCGUUGUCGGGGGCGACUUCCUCUGGGUCCGUGUUUCCCACACAGGAAGUCGCCUCUCGUCUAAACUCUGUGAAGGACGAUCUCCUGUAGGCAAAUAUGUAGCUGUUACCUGGUGAUUGACAGCACGCAGGUAUGUGUUCAGUCAUCGGUUACACACACACACGCACACACACACACACACACGCACACACACGCACCACACACACACACACACACAUGAAAGCACAUCCAUCUCAUAGUAUUUCCUCCACAUCUUGGAUAUGUUUCUCUCCUCACGCUCAUCAGAACUCUUCAUUCACACUCUGUGGCAUUUCCCCCCCCCCCACCAUGUUUUUAUUUUAUUUUAUUUUUAUGUUCAUGUGUAAAUUGUAUGCUCAAAAUCCAUAAGAGGAAUUCUGGCUAUUUUUUAAAAAAAGAAAAGAAAAAGAAAAAAUGUCUGUUAAAACAUUUUUUGUUUUUGUUUUUGUUGUUGUUGUAAAAAAAAUAUUUAUUAUGUGAAGCUCUAUUAUUUUAUGAUAUUUAUUGCAAGAGACAGUCUUAAAUUUACUCAUGUCUGAAUAUAACAAGAAAUAUCGAAAAAUACUUACUGAAAAAUUAAAGGGUGGCACAAAAGAAAAACUAUGUUAACUUUAAAUGCAGAAAAUAUAUUAAUUAAUGAAAAAAAGCAGCGUUGU